AUGAGAAAAGUACAGUUGCUGUCCCUCCUGUUUGGUGCUUUACUGCUUCUAAAGUCUGGAGAAGGUGCAGUCAUCACUGGGGCCUGUGAAAGGGAUCUACAGUGUGGAGGAGGGAUGUGCUGCGCCAUCAGCCUCUGGAUAAGAAGCUUACGGAUGUGCACUCCUCUCGGUAAUGAAGGAGAUGACUGCCAUCCAUUAAGCCAUAAAACUCCUUUUUUGGGAAAGAGAAUGCAUCACACUUGUCCAUGUCUACCGAACCUGAGCUGCACCAGGCUGGAUGACGCCACCUAUAAAUGCCUGCCCUUCCUAAACAGCAACGAUAUUUACUUCUAGGAGAUUCCAGCCAAUGUCAGCCGUGAAGAAAUGUGAUGGUGAAGGACGGAUGUCUACCGCCGAACAAUUGUUCUGCAAACUUCUCUCCAUGUUGAAGCCUAAAGACGCAUUAGACUAGCUAGACCUCAUGUAUGACAUCACGUUCUUGUCGCUUAUAGCAACCAAUCAGAGUUCAGUAUUUAUGUUGAAAACACACUAGAAAUAUGAACAACCCCUGACUGGUUUCUAUGGGCAUCAAGGCAGCCAUUCCCUGUGGCCAUCUGACUGAUCGUAGAUGGUCACCAAAGCUCCACUACAGGGUGUCCAGUAAACCCAAUGCCCCGUUGAGGUAUAAGAAGGGUCAAAUCACUUAAAGGGGAAACCCCAGUCAAAAACAAUCUGGCAUAGAUAUAUGUGAGAAGAUCACAUUGGAGACAUCUACAAGGUCGGGCCACCACUGAUUUCCAGAAAGGAAUAUAAUUUAUUAACUGUGAACCCCUUCGGCACUGCUCGGAGAUUUAUGUUGAAAUCCAGCAGAACGUUGUAUAUCAAAUUCACUGAUCUGAUUGGUCCUUUGCUUAAAGGGGAUUUCUGGGACUGUAAUAUUUGCCUCUUGAUAGGUCAUCAAUAUCAGAUUAGUGAGGGUCUGACUCCCGACACC